AAGUGUGAAGCUUUGUGACGGGAGGAAAACACGGCGCGAGCAGCAGCAGAGUGAGCGGUUGGCGCGCGCGGGACACGAUAUCGCCGCCCGUUCGUUUGUCCGCCCGCCCGCCCCGCUUGUCCGCGCGCCCGCCAGGGCACAGGCUCAGCCCGCCCGCCCGCUCACCCAGAGCCCGCCAAACCCACCCCUGGUCGACAGCCCAGCGGGACACCCAGAUACCUGGCAUCCAGCACACGGGGACCACAGCCGACAACAAAAUUGGCCAUACGUGAAAUUUGGACGGUUCGAUUUGGGGAUUGAUCCACAUUUUUGGAAAGGUCCUUCCUUGAUGGUGUGGCAGAUUUUGGGGAAGAUCCCGCUGGAUGUUGGAGUGGUUCUCGCUGGUUAAAGAAGAAGAGCAUAUUUGGCGUUGGGGCAGAUCUUGUUGGAUGUUGGGGCACAUCCAAUUGGGUGUUGGGGCAGAUCCCAUUUGGUUUGAGGAAGAGUGCGUUGGGUUUGACUCUGCUUUGAGCUGUUGCCGUGUGUGCGAGUGCUGAUGAUCCGAAAGCUAUGUUCAGGGUCCGGACUGGGGUUGGGCAGUCGCUUCGGGAGUAUUCGUCUCUCCCAGCGGUUUGUGUUUCUGAUCUUCCUCAGUGCCUUGAUCACCGUGUGCUUCGGGGCCAUCUUCUUCCUACCGGAUUCCCUGCGACUCCGUCGCUUCUUCUUAUUGUCCACCGACCCGCAGCGCACGGACAUUGCAGGCAGCGGGCAGGGACUGGGGCCGAGGCCCGCUGCAGCGUCCUUGCACAGGCAGACGGAGGCACACAUCGGUUCCGUUUGGCGAGGAAAGGAAGACCGAUUGAGGAAAGAAUCCUUGCUGGAUCUCAUUCGCCAGGGGGUGACGGAAGGAGAGCAGAGGGUUAUCAACAAUUCCGAGAGUGGGGCAGCAACAGUAAGUAGAGGCCUGGUGGAACCCAGCAACAGUCACUACGCGCCAUCGUUGGAACCACGAGUACAAUCUGCAGAUCGGGAUGCGAGGAGCCAUCGAGAGAAAGUUAAAGAGAUGAUGAAAUUUGCCUGGGAUAACUAUAGACGAUAUGCGUGGGGAACUAAUGAACUCAAACCAUUGUCAAAGAAUGGACAUACAAGUGGCUUGUUUGGAGGUCUUCUGGGAGCCACAAUUGUAGAUUCUUUGGAUACGCUCUUCAUUAUGGGCCUUCAAGAGGAAUUUAGAGAAGCCAGACAAUGGGUGGAAAACAACCUGGAUUUUAAUGUGAACGGAGAGGUGUCUGUCUUUGAAGUGACCAUCCGCUUUGUCGGUGGACUGCUAUCGGCGUUUUACUUGACAGGUGAUGAGUUAUUCAAGACGAAGGCAAUUGAAUUAGGAGAGAAGCUAUUGCCAGCUUUUAAUAGUCCUACAGGCAUUCCCUGGGCCUUGAUAAAUCUCCGCAGUGGAGUUGGUCGGAACUGGGGCUGGGCCUCGGGAGGUAGCAGUAUUUUAGCAGAGUUUGGCACCUUACAUCUGGAGUUUGUCCAUCUGAGUGAGGUGUCAGGCAAUCCAAAGUUCGCUGAAAAGGUAAUGGGAGUCCGGAAAGUUCUGAAUCGGCUAGAGAAACCUCAUGGUCUUUAUCCCAAUUAUCUUAGCCCUGUUACUGGUCACUGGGGACAGCAUCAUGUAUCCAUUGGUGGACUUGGGGACAGUUUCUAUGAAUAUUUGAUCAAAUCCUGGCUUAUGUCUGACAAAACUGAUGAAGAAGCUAAAACUAUGUAUUACGAGGCUUUACAGGCUAUAGAGACAAACCUAGUAAGGAAGUCUGCCAGUGGUUUGACUUAUAUUGCAGAGUGGAGAGGUGGCAUACUGGACCAUAAAAUGGGGCACUUGGCAUGUUUUUCAGGAGGGAUGUUAGCCAUGGGAGCUGAUGAUGCACCAGGAGAUCAGUCUAAACACUAUAUGGAAUUGGCUGCAGAAAUCACUGCCACCUGCCAUGAAUCAUACCAACGUUCAGCAACUAAACUUGGUCCUGAAGCAUUUCGUUUCGAUGGUGGUGCCGAUGCUGUUGCUACAAGAAUGAAUGAUAAGUAUUACAUCCUGCGCCCCGAAGUGGUUGAGACCUACAUGCAUUUGUGGCGAUUUACCCAUGACCCCAGAUACAGAGAGUGGGGCUGGGAGGCAGUACAGGCUCUGGAGCAGCACUGUCGGGUAGAGGCUGGAUUUUCUGGAAUAAGAGAUGUCUAUAGUACCGUGCCACAUCACGAUGAUGUACAGCAGAGCUUUUUCCUGGCAGAGACAUUGAAGUACCUUUACGUGCUAUUCUCUGAAGAUGAAUUGCUGUCUCCAGAACAUUGGGUGUUUAACACAGAAGCCCAUCCACUACCUGUAAUACGCAGGAAUACACAGGAACAAGUGAUCACAAAUGAUCAGUAAAAAAUCUAUCCUGAAGAAAGGAUAAUCUUUAUCAGUCCUUGGGGUUGAAAUAAAUUUCCUUUCCAGUAAAGGACCUUUAUUGACAUAAGUAGAAAUUAGUUGACAGCAAUUUAAUUGAUGUGUUGUGGUAUUUGAUCUGUUCAGGACACAUUGAUUUCCUCUAUGAGGAGUUGCAUGGCCUGUUGUCUGCUUGUGGUGGGCCACCCUUUAAAGCCAAGUCUCAGAAAUACACCAUUUAUACCCAAGGUUUCAACAGAGGGAGAAUGCAAACAUCAAAUUGACUGUUCAUUUUAACCAAAGGAUUGAAAUUUCACACAAUUACUGUAAAGGCUGUUUAUUUACUUACUCCCUUUUUCAUUUUAUUAAAAAAAAACAUGUAUCUGUAUAAAGCAAAGUAAAUGGAUAUUUGGUUGUUUAUGUUUAUAAUUGUAUUAACACCUCUGGUUUCAUUGACAAAAUAUUGCUUUGACAUUAUCAACUGGGUACCCAAGGUUCCAUUAUCCAAUAAUAAUGCCCCGUUUUUUUGGCAAGAAAACUGGUUUGUGUAUCUGCAUAAGAUGUCUUUGGGUGCUGCUUUUACACAUUUGUUAAUUAUUAUUUUAAACAUUUAGCAAUUCUGUCGGAGCGCAGACAAUAACAUAAAGUAAAUUAGUCAACCAGUGAACUGAAAAGGUGGGAAAUUAAAUAUUAUAGUGAACCUCCUCUUCAGUUGGAGCAAGUUGGCUGUCCAUUUUAUACGUAGCCAAUUUUCCAGUAUCUAAAUAAAUGUCACAAUUUAAUGCUUAUAUUUUUAUAUUACAAUAUUAACUCCAUUGUUUUUCAAUCUAUACAAAAUGGAACAGAAUUUUCUGUAAUAUUUUUAAUCCACCUAUUUUAUUUGAUAAUGACAUUGGAAUAUUAAUUUUGUAGGUUAUUUAAUCCAAAUAUACCAUUUAAUGAUCAUAACUGCUAAUGGCAGGUUUUACACACAUCUCUCAAAAACAAUAGACAUUUUCAUUAGAUAUUACAUCCUGACAUUUCUGAUUCAUUUUACAUGUACAAUUUGAACAUGAUAUCAGUAUAUUAUGCCAUUUAUCUUGCUCAUGGUUAUUCUGCAUAGUUACAUUCUGAUCCCUGUUGUAUGUUUAUACUGUUUCACUGUAUAUCAUUUAUAUAUUAAGUUCAGUUUUCUGAUGUCAUUCAUGAAUCAAUAUUUUGGCUAAUUACAAGCAUAUGGAAAUGAGAAUAGAAACGAUCCACAACAUUCCACACAUCAUGCAUUACGACCUACCCAUUCUCCUCAACCCAGAACUAUUUUAUCUUCUGGGAGAGGGGCAACUAGCUAAAAAUAUGAGGCCAGUUGUGGGAGAACAAAAAAAGUUAUCUUUCAGCUCCCUAAGUCUUUUCCUAGUGCAUGAGAUUACCCGUACCCUGAUUUACUUUGCAAUUUAUCUACAAGCUAUACGUUUUGAUCAUAUAUCACAUGACACUGGUAAAGAACCUUCAGCUCACUGGGCCAAUGCCAGUGUUCAUUGUCUACUACAAUUUCAAAUACUUUGUAUAAUUUUAUACUUCAAUUACUGAAUAAUUCUAGAUGUUUGGUUUUCAAGGAAUUUCUUGAAGGGUCCAAAUAGUGGAUGUGAGUUACAUAUGAUCCAGGCUGCUGUCUACGUACCAAUAAGUCUUUCUAAACUAUGGGUUGCAAAAUCAGCUGGCCACAUUUGGCCCACCUGGUUGCCUUGGAUGCCAGGCCCAUCACUAACUUGAAGAAGGUCUGAUGCUUAUCCAGUGUUAGGCCAUGUCCAUAUGCGUUCUAUUUGGGGCGCUACAGACAUAAAGCCUUAUGCCCGCACCCCUACCUGUCCCCAGGUCCCACCCACCAUUUCCUGCCAUCUCAAUGUCCUGUCAAACCCUAGGCAACAAGUCUGCUAACACUGGAUUUGAGGGGCAGCAGGAAGUAUUUGGCAAAGAGUAAGGCUGAAGCGAGAGAGCUAUACACUUGAGGGGAAUGGUGGUGGAAAGGUGAGAGAUAGAAGAGUGUAGCCCAAUAAAGGAGAAGUGGGAAGAGAAGAGCUGAGAAUGGGAAUAGUGAUGCAAAAGGCUUUUCAAAUGUUGUGAACUAAGCUGCAUAGUGUCCUAUACUAUGAACAGUGUGCAGUGUGCUUGCAAUCACUUGGACAGAGAACUGUUUCUGAAAAGAUGCUAAAAAUAUUUUUAAGAAACAUUUUUUGCCUAAAAUUGAAGUUCUUAAAUGAGGUAUCAACUUAUGCUGCUGUGCAACUUAUAGUUUGCAUUCAUUCAAUGAGUGUGGGUAUGGCGGGCAGUCAGCAUUUAAUUCCAAAUUUCCCCUUGAGAAGGGUGAGCUGCCAUUGUAAACUGCUGCUGUUCUUGAGGUGUGGGCAUAUUCUCAAAGCUGUUAGCGAGGGUAUUCAGAUCCAGCAAUGGUGAAGGAAUGGUAAUAUGUUUCUCAGUCAGGAAGGUGUGUGUCUUGGAAGAUAACUUCCAGGUAGUGGUGUUCCCGUGCUUUUGCUUCCCUAGUUCUUCUAGGUCAUAGGUUUGGAAGAUGCUGUCUAAGUUGCUGCAAGGCAUCCAGUACAUGGUACAGACAGUCCCUACUGUGUGUCGGUGGUGGAAUGAGUGAAUGGGAUGUCUAUUAAGCUGGCUGCUAUGUUCUGCAUAAUGUUGAGUUCCUUGAGUGGUGUUGAGUCUGCAUUCAUCCAGGCAAGUAAGGAGUAUUCCAUCACGCCCCUGACUUGAGCCUUGUAGAUGGUGGAAACGUUUUGGGGGAGUUAGAAGGUGAGUUACUCACCACAGGAUUCCUAGUCUCUGACCUGCUCUUGUAGCCGCAUUGUAUAUUUAGUUUCUGGUCAAUGGUAACCACCAGGAUAUAUAGUGGGGGAUUCAGUGAUGAUAAUCCUUUUGAAUGUCACCAUUCUCUGGAAACCAAAUCACCUUUCAAAAGAUGCUUUAGUCACCAUAUGGGUAACAGUUUCUAAUAACUAUGAUAAAACCUUGCCCUUCUGUCAUAUCAUCACCAACCAGUGAUAACUAUCUUUCUUUACUUAAACUCUAACUUUCCAUAAAUUAAUAACAAUUCUAUUAGGUCUCCCUUAGCCCUUUGUGUUCCAGUAGAAAAUUCAAUAAUUUCUCAUGCCUUUUUUCAUAACUGUUACCAUUUUAAGAAACAUUGAGGUAAAAUGCAGGAUUCUCUUUACAGAGUAUUUUUCCCUUCCCAUUAUGGGUCUAAAACCAUAUUUGGCACAACAGCUGUGGCCUUACCAAUGACUUGAACAGAUACCACAUUUGCUCUUUGUUGCUACAUUGAAUGCUAUGGACAAUCCCAAAGCACCAUAUGACUUUUCAUUGCUUUUUUAUGGCCCUUGAUGGAAUGUUAGUAGGUGAAGCCACUUUAUUUUUUACCACUUCUUGGCAGUAUGUAAUCGAGGAGGUGGGGGUGUUGGUUUGGGAUGCAUGUUGUGUGGAAGGUGGAUACUGCAUUUUUAUUGUUCCAUUUUGUGGCCCUGUCUCCCAAAGCACAAGCUAUUAAAAUCACACAGGUUGAUA